AUGGCUACACCUACAGUAUCGACUCCCGUGAAGACCCACCAUGGGAUCUUCUCCACCAAGACGGCUGGUGGCCGCAUGCCCCUUACACCUUCACCACGCACUCGCGCAGGAAGUGUGACGUCAAACCACUCUUCCCCAUUCACACCUCCCUGUGGUGCUCAAGAAUCAGGCAAGGAGCAUGGAAAGUCCGUCUACGGUGGUAACCUCUCUUCAUACUUCGCCAAGUCUGUCUCGAGGACAGCCCGCAACUACCGCGAAUCCCCCAAGUCCAACAUCGCCCGUGCUCGCACACGCAAGUCUCCCAGACACCUUGAGCUGGGUGUAUCAGAAUGGGCCCUGACAGGCACCGGUCCAUCAUCACGGACUCCUACCAAGGAGCGCCUACGAAAAGAGGUCGUGGGGAAGGAAGUGGCCAAGGAGGUGACCAGAAAAGAACCGCCGAAGAAGGAGGUAGUCAAGAAGGAGGCAGUCAAGAAGGAGGUGUCGAGGAAAGAAGCGCCAAGAAAGGAGAUCACCACUCGGACCACGAGGUCAGGAAAGACGACCGUCCGCAUUCCCCACAACGCGGGUGACAGAUUCAUUCCGAACCGUACUGCCAGUGAGGGUCUUGUAACUGCCGGCACAGCCAAGCCAGAGGAAAGCCAACGGCCAAAGACCAGCAGCAGUGAUGGAUCCUCUGUCCUUGCCAAUGCCGCGAGUGCCUUUGACAUUGGUGGCCGCGGAACUGAUGAAGACAUCACCGCAGCUCUUGAAAGCCUUGGGCUCGAGGAUAACGAGCCAACGACCUCAUACACCAAGCCAGCACCGGAUGCUGUCGCGUACGAGUCAUCGUUGGCAGAUGCCUGUGGUGUGAAUCUGAACACUCGCAUCCUGGCCUUCAAACCGCCACCCCCAGAGUCAUCCAAGCCCAUUGAUCUGCGCGCUCAGUACAACCGCCCUCUCAAGCCUGCCAAAUCCCAGUCAGCUCAGUUCCGCCGACGGGUCCAAACGGCUCCUGAGCGUGUUCUGGACGCCCCUGGACUUCUUGACGAUUACUAUCUCAAUUUGCUGGAUUGGAGCUCUGGCAACCAGGUUGCAAUUGGCUUGGAGCGCAAUGUUUACGUAUGGUCCGCCGAUUCAGGAUCGGUCAGCUGCCUACUGGAGACUGCACCCGACACCUACGUGAGCAGUGUGAAGUGGAGUGGUGAUGGCGCCUACGUCGGUGUCGGCCUUGGAACUGGUGAAGUCCAAAUUUGGGAUGUUGAGGAAGGAACCAAGCUUCGCAGUAUGUUUGGCCAUGACUCUCGUGUAGGUGUCAUGGGCUGGUCUAAGCACACACUGUCUACCGGUGCCCGCAGUGGUCUGGUAUUCAACCAUGAUGUUCGUAUUGCACAGCACAAGGUUGCUGAGCUGGUCUCGCAUACCUCUGAAGUCUGUGGUCUGGAAUGGAGACCCGAUGGUGCUCAGCUCGCCACCGGUGGUAACGACAAUCUGGUUAACAUCUGGGAUGCUCGCUCUCUCAGCGCGCCCAAGUUCACCAAGACCAACCACCGCGCUGCCGUUAAGGCCCUCAGUUGGUGCCCCUGGCAGUUGAACCUGCUUGCCACUGGUGGAGGUUCCUAUGACCGCCACAUCCACUUCUGGAACACUACCACUGGUGCUCGCACCAACAGCAUCGACACCGGCUCCCAGGUCACCAGCUUGAGAUGGAGCAACCACUACCGCGAGAUUGUUAGCUCGAGUGGAUUCCCCGACAACUCGUUGAGCAUCUGGAGCUAUCCCACUCUGGUUCGGAACGUUGAGAUUCCGGCCCACGAGACUCGUGUACUGCACAGCUGUCUUAGCCCAGAUGGGCAACUCCUGGCCACCGCAGCCGCUGACGAGAGUUUGAAGUUCUGGAAGAUCUUCGAGCGCAAGCCUGGAACCACCGCUGCUGCCUCUCGGGAGGGUGGUGUUGGCAGCAAGGCUCAGAUGACCAAAUCCAUGACCAUCCGGUAA